AUGGCGGUAAAUACUACUCGCAAUCCAGAAUCUCGGCUUUUGUUCACGAGGGAAGAACUUCUCUACUCUGCAAUCUAUCUCACUGUCGUGGGGAUAUUGGCGACAGUGGGAAACGGAUUGUUCCUGGCGACGAUCCUCCACAGGAAAAGAUUUCGCCGGGAUCCUCACAUGCAGCUGCUGAUGAACCUGGCGGCGUCCGACCUCCUCGUCUCCUUCCUCGGCUAUCCCUUCGCCACCAUUUCGAGCUACUAUGGAUACUGGGCGUUCUCAGACACUCUCUGCCAGGUCUACGCCUUCGUCUCCUUCGCGACUUCCUUGGUAUAUUUCCAACGCUACUACGUGACUUAUGUGACUUUCCUCGAGAAGAGGUUAUCUGGGAAGUUGGUGUGGGGGUUCAUCGUGUUUGUAUGGGUCUUCAGCGUGAUUUGGCCCCUCCCUCCGCUCCUGGGGCUCUGGUCCCGAUUCGUCCAGGGGCCGUUCUCCAUCUCCUGCUCCAUCGAUUGGCACGAUACCAGUUUCUCUGCCAUCAUCUACAUCGUCGCCACCACCAUCUUCUGCUACCUGUUCUCCAUCGUGCUCGUGGCCACCCUGUACACGAUCGUGUUGCGCCACGUGAUGCGAUACCACCCGACCGUCAUCCACUCGGGCGGGGUGCCCGUCAGGUCCUCCAUCUGCUGCGGCAACUGCCUCGGCCUCAAGCCCAUGGAACUCCAUCUCCUCAAGGUGAAGUCUGUCACAAAAUGA